GGGGCAGGAUUUAAAGGGACCCAAUCCUUCCUUCCGCACAGCUCUCGGAUUCUUCCCACGGGGUUGGUACCCGUCGCCUAGGUAACCAUCUGCAGCCAGCCAGCCAGCCCGGCUUCUCCUCACACAGACCCAGUCUCUCAGCCUGCAUCCUCCCAACAGCUGACUCGGCCAGAGCAGUCGUUGGUCCACCAUGGUGAAAGUGGGGAGCAAUCUGUCCGAGAAGCCGGACAAGGAGCAGGGCGGUGGGGACGACGGCUUCGACAACAUCCCGUUGAUAACGCCACUCGAUGUCAACCAGCUCCAGCAGCCGUUCCCGGACAAGGUGAUUGUCAAGACCAGAACAGAAUACCAGCUCCAGCAGAAGAAGAAGAGAAAGCUACAUGUUCCGGGAAUAAAAAAGUUGAACAUAAAUCUCUACGAUGAAGUAUCAGAAAAGGUCAAGCUGCUGGACUCAUUCUCAUCACGAUGGCGUUCUUGGCCUGCCUCCUCAUGCUGGUCAUGUACAAGGCAACUGUGGUAUGACCAGCCCUCAGCUGCCCAGAGGGCUUUGUGUUCAAGCACAAGCACUGCACCCCGGCUGCUCUGGAGAUGUAUUAUUCCGAGCAGGAAGCAGGAUCCCGAGGAAGUCUCUACACGGCGAUUAACCACUUAACUCAAGCCAAGAAAACCAUCCCCGAACUGCCCUCCCCUUGGCUGCCGGUCAUCAACGCCUUGAAGGAGGCCGAGAAAGCCAAAGAGGAGUCCCCCGGGCC